AUGGCAACAUAUCGUAAUUUUUCACUCAAAUUCUUGAGCAAGUUGAACGGCGCCAAGCUUGUUGAAGGAGAUAUCAAAUCUCAACUUGUUUUCAAUGCAGAGAAAGGAAAAUCAUUCUGGAGACCAGCUCAAAUUUCAAAGCGCACUCAAAAUGAUUUAAGAAAAGCAUGUCUUCAAUGUGGCAUCGAACCUACAUCCAUCGGCUUAGCUGCACCUGCUCCUCACAAGCCUCUUAAAUACAAGCCCAACAAAUUGGAGAAGCAUGAACGUAUGCGUGCUGAAAGACAAGCUAAUAUUCAACGUAACCUAGAGAAGAUGCCUCAAACAAUCCAAGCUUGGAAGGAGGAUAAAUUGAAGGAACUUGCCAAGCAAAAGACUUCCAUGCCUUUCUAG